AUCUUAGUCGGAAAAUUUGGAGAGAAAAUCGGAAAAGCAUGGAGAGGAAUUAGGAGACACGGAUACUCAGAAAUCUAUAUAUAUUAUUGAGGCAGAAAAUCACAGAAGCCGGUCACUCACUCUCUCUCUCUCUCUCUCUCUCUCUCUCCGAAUACGAAUUUCUUCUCUGCUGUUCUUAUUUUAUGCCGUCAGCCAUCUCCAUGGAUGUCUACGGAAAAUCCCUCCAACAAACAUCCUCCAGCAAUAGGAAAAUGGCGGUGGAUAUGAAAACCAGAGGAAGUGCUUCGCGGAUUAAAAACUGCGCGUUUGAGCUUUUGUCAAGUUGGGACGAUCUGAUCAUGGAUGAUUAUUACGAUGAAGAGGAGAAUGUGCUGUGGGAUCCCAUGGAGGAUGAUGUCGGUGAUGAUUAUGGGUGGUUGGAUUUGAUGCAAAGGGAUAUUCGUCUCAAAUCAACCUUCUUCUAUUGCGAUUUCAAUCAGAUGAUUUCCGCGACGCCCCACCAUGAUCAGAAGAAAUCUCUCACCCUACUCGCCAAUAGAUUGCUUUCCUCCAUCCAAGAGCUGGAUAGAACAACGAGUGUUGGGUGCAUUCAUUUGAUUCAAGAUCGAUACAGCGACGUUGCUCUUGUUCUGAAGGAUGUUAUUGCACUCAUGCCUUGACCCAUAUAAAGUACUUCAAAUUGCUCAAAGAUGAUAUACUUUGUAGAUAAAGUCUUUUUGUAAUAUAGAAAUAUUCCUUUUUUGGAAAUGUUUAGAUCAUUUUAUUGUGAAUUAUCAUUCCUAGUGUCAUUUUACUUUGUUUUA